AGCAGGUCUGGCUAAGCACGGGGCUACCUCUCUGGCCUGUUUCUGCGAUGCACUCUGUUUCGGAACGGUUUGCUCAUCUACUGAAAUUGAUGGAAAGGCAAGAUUUGGAUACAAGUGUACGUGAGGCCAUUCCAUGGCUCUUAUGGGAAAUUUGGAAAGCCCGAAACUCCACAUUGUAUGCAGCGAAGACCAACUCUCCUCAGUUUAUUGUUGCAACGGCGUUGGAAGAGGCUAGAGAAUGGCUACAACAAAACUUGGUGGCUCAACAGGAUCGAAGCCGCAGCCUGAAUCAUUUUUCCACGGGAGAGAGAAGGUGGUCUAAACCAGCUCCGGGUAAGCUUAAAUGCAAUAUUCACUCUUCUUGGAUGAGGGAUUCCUUUCACAUUGGAGGAGCUUGGUUAUUACGUAAUCAUCUGGGAGAGGCUGUUUUUCAUGCUCGAGAUGCUUUCCUCCCCAUGGUCAACCGAUUAGCUGCAGAGUUACAUAUUAUCCUAUGGUGUGUCCGAAGCAUACGAGAGUUGCGUAUAAGCUCUUGUGAAGUUUGGUCAGAUUGCAAAUCAGCUUUGGAAGCUUUAGCCAAACCGGAGGAGUAUCCUAAAUACCGUUCUCAGAUUAUCAAGAUACAACAAGUGAUACGGGUGAUGCGGGAGGUAACUUUUCACCUCUCUUCACCGAAAGCCAAUUGUUUGGCCAAGGAGAUUGCUUGUAGUGUUACAAGGGACGGACGGUUUACUUCUUACCUAGCUAGAGGAGGUCCGGCAUGGCUACAUAACAGAUUGGAGGAAGAACGCCGAGGUAGUAUCUAAUUUGAUCAUUGGUCUCUGGUUUGUAGCUC